UCGUCAAGCAACACUAAAUCAUGUCGGAAGUCGUUCAAACUGCGCCACCGGCUACAACCACACCUGCCACUGCUUCAAACGGCACCACAACAGCGGCCUCAUCAGGUUCCUCGUCAAACAAAUUAGCCCAAGAAAUCUACGACGAGUUUCUUGUCUGUAAAAUCUGUCUAGACGGCUACAAAAACCCGAAAUGUCUAGACUGUCUGCAUACAUUUUGCGAGACAUGCAUCGAGACGCACGUUAAUUCAGAGCCGGCCUACAAAAAAUACAGCGACUAUAGAGAAUUUACUUGCCCACUUUGCCGAAAACGAACCCAACUGCCUGUAGGGGGUGUCAAAAAGCUCCCUGACAAUUUUUUGGUGUCCAGUUUGACGGAAGUAGUGGGUAGGCAGAAACCCUCGGCCAAUCCAUUCUGUGAUAUUUGCAAGUUAGUGACGAAAACUGAAAAGGACGCUACUAGCAAGUGUCUGGAUUGUUCGAAGUUGCUAUGCGCUGGCUGUGUGGCACUGCAUAAAAAUACGAAGGUAACCAGCAACCAUUCAUUAUUUGAUGUGGAAAUUGAGAAAGAAAUUGGAUGCAAGGACCACCAGGACGAAGUGAUAAGAUUUUACUGUGAGCCGUGCGAAUCUUGUGUUUGUAUCCUAUGCACAUUCAACGAACAUAGGGAUCAUGCCAUCAGUCAGUUCCAAGACGUCGCCGUCAAGUAUAAGGCCAACAUUGAGAGCCUAUUGGCGCACUGCAAACAGAAAAUUACCAUUUUCGAAACCAGUUUGGAGGCCAUUAAUAAAUGUGAGUCAACAAUCAAGCAGGUGGAACAAAAGAUUAGAGAUAAAUCAAUUGAAUAUAUACAGGAAAUAAGGAACAAAGAAAAACAGUUAUUAGAAGAAUUGCACCAGAUAUACGGACAGGAAUGCUUUGAAUGUAUCGACUCAAAGAAAGAAUUGGUUCAUCAAGUAGAGAACAUACGGAACACGUGUAACAUUAGUGAGGUCAUCUUGCUGGGGAAGGAAAUUGAACUGCUCCUACUGAAGAAAGACGUUGAAGACAAGCUGAACCUCAUGAACCAGAUCGACCACAAGCAACUUCCAGCAAAUAUCUCCAAACUCGUGGACUUUCAGACAGGAGUGGUGGAUCUGGGCUAUCUUCUGCACGAUGGUUCAAAAGCAGCUGGCUCAAAGUGUUUCGUCAAAUUGCGCGGGAAAAAAUCCCAAACCGGAAAUACGCCAUCAUCAACGUCAUCGUCAUCUUCUAGAUGGAUGGCUGUUAGCGUUGAGGGGAAGGAGGAGUUGAAAGAAGGAUCUGAGGCCUCAGUAGCAAUACCAAUCGGAACGAACUUUGAAAUCGUCGAAACGACAGACUCAGCCGCUCAAACAGACGCAGCAGCCACUGAGGCAGCUUCUACAGCAGCAACCACGGCUGGCGAUAAAUUGGUGAAAACGAAUUCGAUAUCUGAGAGCGAUUUGAUUGUUGAAGAUGGUGAUGGGGUAAUAAGAAGGAGGAGGAGGAGGAUGGAAGAUGGCCCGAAACAAUGAUGGUGGUGAUGAUGAUGAUGGUGAUGGUUCUGGUGAUGAUGAUGAUGAUAAAGGUGACUCUAAAAUUGGUGAUUAAGACAUCGGCCAUUAAGAUGAUUGUGAUGGUGAUGUUGAUGGUAACGCUGAUGGUGAUGAUGUUGAAGAAGAUGAUGAUGAUAAAGAUGCUGCUGCUGCUGAUGAUCAUGAUGAGAGUGAUGAUGAUGAUCGUUUUGACGAAAGAAAAUUAUUUUCUCUAGAAAAAAAAUUAUAAAACUU